UUUACAUAAACAAGAUUCCAUCUUUCACAUUAAAGACGCAAUUCGUGUAAUCGGUUACGUUAUAGGAAAAUUCGUGUAUUACGACGAUGUCGACAGCGCAACUGUUACGCGGGUGCGGACUCCACUGCUGAUCCUUCUCCUUUUCUGCCUUCCUUUUAUGCUCUCAUCUCGCUUCCACACUCUCCUUUUUCACCCUCCAACUGCGUUGCUUUCACGAUCACUUUGCGAAUUGCGAUAUAUACACACAAACCGCUCUCCAGUUUCUCCUUCCCACGACGUUGCUUGCACGAUCGCUCAGUAUAUAUUCACAGGGAUUCUAGAUUCUUGAUUUUGUGCGAGUUUAUUUCUGUUUGAUGGCUGAAGACAAUACCAAUUCAUCAAUGAGCUCAGAAACCUCGGGGAAGAAUGAGUCAGAUGGACGAAGACCGAUUAAAAGUAGCACGGAGAAAGCAAGGCGUUUGAGUAACGUGCACGGUGUUCUUCCUUCCGAUAGCUUAUCGUCCUGUGGCUCGGAUGAUGGAAUCAGUUCAAGAAGAUACUCGACCGGAAAACAAAAUCCGGGUGAUAAUGGUCAAACCAAUCUUCCGCAUUAUCUCCGAGCUUCCACGGGUUCUUGCCACGAUUUGUGUAAAUAUGGGAGGAAACAUUCUUCUGAAUCGAAGCCAACGAUUCCUCUGUCUCGGAGAAUUAAAAGACCUCUUCAUCGGAAUCUGAAUUCUGAAGGGGCUACGGUGGGAGAGGGGACGAAGGUGACUGUGCCCAAACAAAGACCUUCCGAUCCUUCCCGUGAUCCCGAACUCCACUUCCCAUCGCCACCCGAAAUCAUCAAAGAAGUAGUCUUCUUGGAGCCUAAGGAAGUAAAACACGAUUCCUCAAGUGACACGGUGAUGCCAAAGACGGACACGAAAAUAAAAAAUAUGUCGGUGAAGUGCUCCCCACCACGUCCUCAAGCUAAGGUAUCGAAACAAUCAUCCGUUAAUAAGUCUUUAGAAGGUGCAAAGCCAGCUGCCCGAAGAGUUAGCGAUACAGGUUUGAGAGGAAAUAGUGAUAUUUUGAGUCGUGACACGAAAACUGGCAGAAAGACCGUUGCGCCCAAAGCAUCUCGACCGAGAGUCGUUGAACCCCCGCCUGCUCCACCUACCUUAAAGUCUUUUGUCAGUAAAUCGAGGAAAAGAAUGGAUAACAGCUCAGCAUCGGUGAAGAACAAAAAUAAAAUCGAGGAAGCUGACACCAAGACUAAAGAAGAAAAUGUCUCCGAGAAAACCUUACAUGUCAUCGAGAUGGAACCCAAGGACGAUCUUGUAGAGCCUGAUCAAGAUGGUGGGAUUAUGGAAGAAAAGGAUGAUGAUGAUGAUGUUGUUGAGCCCGCUCAAGACGGUGAAAUUCUCGCUCCGCUUUCACCACCGUCUUCAUUGUUGCCCGAAUCUUCAUCGACUUCAAACUCUCAUGAUUUGCAAAUAGAACGUAAUCCACGCAAGAGCUUGACUAAGGCAAAACGUGUUGUUUCUAAACUAGAUGCUCCCUCGCCAGUAAAACUAAAAUUUCGGAGGGGUAAGGUGGUGGAUAUCCGGCAAGAAAACAACGCUCCAAGGAGACUAAGCUUUAGGAAAAGAACGCUUCUCGGGAAAAAUCAAGACAGCAAGAGUGAAGGUAAGGGCAAGCUCGUGGAGUCCAUGCACGAUGGUCAAAAGAUCUCAUCUCAUCCACCAUCCCGUGAAAAAGGCGGACAAGAUAGUAAAGAAGGAUCCGGGCGUCCAAACAGCAAAGGAGAUGACAAUAAACCGGCUUUAAACAUUAAGGCAGUGAGAAGUGCAGGAAGAACUCAAAACAAGACCUCGAAAAAGUUCAAUCCCAUUGUUUCAAGAGUCGACAAUCCUUUACCCGUGAAACUGAAGUUCAAGAGAGGAACCGUGGUGAAUCCCCAACACGAAAGCACCACUCCGAGGAAACUCGGUUUCCGAAAGGUAAGACUUUUGCGGGAAAACCAAGGCACUAGUAGGAGCGACGUGAAGAAAAAUUCCAAGAAGAGAGUCGAGAGCGGGGAAAAUAGCACGAGCCUCAACCCCGGGAAGGUAGUCUUGAGGCACCAAGAUGUGCAGCAGGGAAAGAAAGACGCCCAGGGGCUAUUCAACAACGUUAUCGAAGAGACCGCCAGCAAGCUCGUCGAAACCAAGAAAAGCAAGGUUAAAGCUUUGGUGGGCGCUUUCGAAACAGUCAUCUCUCUCCAAGAGAAAAAAAAACCUUCCGCUCAUGCAGUUUCUUGACAGCCGCCAAUAAAACCGCGUUUCUUAACAGGUUCAAGUGAAAACUCUUCUAAUUUUCCGUGUGCUACAUUACUAACAUCUCGAGAUUUUUUCUUUGUGACAGAAUUUUCAACAACUGAGACUGCUAUUCUGCUAUUAUACUAUUAUAUACUAUUAUUAUCACAAUAACUCGAAAUUUCGUGUUCUCCAUUAUAAUUUAUUCUGUGCCCUUUUGUGUGGGUGUAUCUAUAUCCUUACAAACUAGACAAAAGAAGAAGAAAAACUCUAUACUACAUAAGCAAAAAUGUAUUGGAUGGCACACAGGGAUUUUGAAGAUUCUCUGAAGAUUCAUAGUGGUGACAAGAAACUCAUGAAUGUAUGUGUGUAAAUGAAUAUUUCAUUUGUGGUAAUAAGAGCUUGAUUUGGUGUGUC